AUGAAGCCGUCGCAGCCAUUGAUGGCGCGGCUGCGCCUGACCACGAAACAGGUCAAUGGAGGCUACUACAAGGGAAACCGAACCGGAUCUAUGGGCGCUUUCGACAAAAAGGGCAAGUACGUCCUGGAUUACAGGAAAGUGCGAACCUAUGUGGUUCCUGAGAGUCUCAACGAGUUUAUGCUCACCCCUUUUGUCACCAACUCGUUCCAGCCGACGCCGACAAAGUACAAGUACAAGAAAUACGGUGGAAGGCCCCGUGCUUUCAAUGGCAACCACUACAUAGACUUGUGGAAGAGUACAAAUGCUCAGGAAGUCCAGGCCCUCAGAGACAAUGGCGGGAAAUUCCCGGAAGGCGACGCUGAAGAAGUGGAGGCAGAGGAACUGGAGGCAGAAGAAAGGAAGACGGAAGGUUCUUCGUGA